CUUCAUAUAUAUCUUCCACACUUGAUUUCUUGGCCUGCUUUAAUUCUCUGCCUAAAAAGAAAGAGAGCAAAACAUCGAUCAUGGCUUUGAUCAAGAACAAAUCCUUAUUCGCUUUUUUGAUGAUUCUUGUGGUACUCUUCGGAGCUGCCGUUGGAGGCACUGUCCACAAAGUUGGCGACUCGAAAGGAUGGACCAUGAUGGGUGUUGAUUACGAGGCUUGGGCUUCUUCAAGAACCUUUCAAGUCGGUGACUCUUUGGUCUUCGAAUACAACAAAGACUACCACAACGUCAAUGAAGUCACUCCCAACAAUUUCGAGCUGUGUGUACAAUCUAAUCCAUUAGAAAAAUAUGAAACCGGGUCCGACACGGUCACUCUAACGAAAGCAGGCGUCCACAACUUUAUAUGCGGAGUUCCUGAUCACUGCAGCAUAGGACAAAAGCUUCAAAUAGUAGUGUUACCAGCCUCAUUAGGUCCCGUUGCAGCUCCUGUUCCUAGACCGGUCCGAUCACCAAACUCAUCCUUGUCUCCUUCACCGUCUCCAUUGGCUAAUUCACCUGUUAAUAAUGAUCCAAGGUACCUGAUGGGGCCAGCACCAGCUCCACAUAGCGCAGCUUCAAACGCUAGUUCUUGGAUCGGAUCCUACUUCCUAAUUUCUUUACUUCCUUUUUUCAUCUUAUUUUGAUAGACUCGCACACGUUUUGUUUCCUUUUGGUUACUUCUUACUUUGUCGCAGUUUAUACCUUUGAGACUCUGUGUUGGACGUAGUUAUUUUAUCUUCCUUCAAUGGUUUUGCAUGUUUUUUUUUUUUUGAACUGAAAAAGGGUUAAACCCGGGUCAAUAAUGACACAAGCCUAACCCCCGGGUGGAGGUACAACCCACGGAUAGACCAUCUCCUGGGCAUUCAAAUGAGUCGAAAGCAAUAACUCAUAUCCGUGUGACCGGUGGGGUUUGAACCCGGGUUCGCCUUAUUGGGUUUUUUAAUUCUUUCA